CAUGCCAGAAUGCAGUCCUCAAACAAGAAGGACGAUUGCACUGCCUGUGGCACGCAUAUGCAUGGUGCCUGCCCGGCAGAUCGGCUGCUUCGACAAAGAGCCAUGAACCACCCCAGACAUAUGGGCAAGAUAAGGAAGAGGCUGGAGGAUAUCAAGAACCAGUCCCCGAAGUUGACAAAAGUGGACUUCAGCCACAACGAAAGCAUAAGAUUGGCCACCGACGCCUUCUUGGAUGGUGGGACAGACUCUUACCUCCAAACUCUAAGCAAAGAGGGUGAGGUGGAUUUCCUCUCCUCGGUGGAAGCUCAGUACAUCAAGGAUAAUGCCAGGGAGUCUUAUUAUGCACAGGAGUGCCCAGGUGCGGACGGGGCAGCCGCGCCAAAGCAGAACGACGCCGGGUCACUGCCUUCGGGGACCUACUUCCCCACCAUUUCUGACAGCAGUGAGCCGGCUCUGCUCCACACAUGGAUUACAGCAGAGAAGCCCUAUCUAAAGGAAAAAUCCACCGCCACUGUGUAUUUCCAAACAGAGAAGAACAGCAACAUUAGAGACAUCAUACGCCGGUACAUCCACAAGACCACUCAGGUGUUAGCCAUUGUGAUGGAUGUGUUCACAGACACUGAGAUUCUCUGUGACCUCCUGGAGGCAGCAAACAAGCGCAUGGUCUUUGUCUACCUGCUGCUCGAUCACAGCAGUAUAGAUCUUUUCUCGGAGAUGUGUGACAAGCUGCAGAUUUCUGAGGAUCUCUUCAAGAAUAUUUCAGUCCGCAGUGUUACUGGAGAGGUUUACUGUGCCAAGUCAGGCAGGAAAUUUUCAGGACAAAUUCAAGAAAAAUUUCUGAUCUGUGACUGGAGAUAUGUGCUUUCUGGAUCAUACAGCUUCACGUGGCUGUGUGGCCAGGUUCACCGCAACCUCCUCUCCAAGUUCACGGGCCAGGUUGUGGAGCUCUUUGACGAGGAGUUCCGGCACCUGUACGCGCUGUCCAAGCCCGUGCGGGGCCCCAGGACCCCGCCGCGCAGCCUCCCCUUCCUGUUCAGCCGGAGCUGGGCCCCCCCGCGCAGCCUCCCCUACAGCGACGAGGGAAGCGCCAACACCCUCUCCGACCCCUUCAGCAGCCUCUCCGCUGGGAGCACCCACCAGAGCAAGCAGACCCCAAGAACUCUCAUGUUCAACAGCAACUUCAGCCCCCAGUCACCUCUCCAGCGAGUCAAUUCCUUCCACAGCUAUGUCUCGUUCACCCCCCCGCCUCCACAGAAGGCCAUCCAGCCUAACUACUAUCAGCCACCAUACAUGGCUGAAAACUCCACAGUUCCCUAUAACAACAUGAACAUUUACAGACCUAUAAGGCUCAGGCAAGAGGAACCGAACAGGACAGGGUUAAGCUCAUCCUGGAGAUGCCUCCACAAAGCUAACCUGUUUGCAUAA